AGUAUAUUGACUAGUUUUUGUAGGAGAGAGUCCGUAUGGUGGAAGGAAGAUGGUUUCUCUAGUUGAUACGGGCUUCCCUGCGUCCGGUUUACUGCCAAAGAAAGAGACAGGAGCGACAGCAUUUCUCUCUAAAUAUCCAGAAUAUGAUGGCAGGGGGGUCACCAUCGCAAUUUUGGACACGGGCGUCGACCCAGGAGCGCCAGGUUUACAGGUUACAUCUCAGGGUCUUCCUAAAAUUGUUGACAUCAUCGACACAACAGGAAGUGGAGAUGUAAAUACAUCGACCGUCGUCGAGGCUAAAGAUGGAGAAAUCACCGGUCUCACCGGACGAAAACUACAGAUCCCACCAAGCUGGCAGAAUCCUACCAAUAGAUAUCACAUUGGGGUGAAGAAUGUGUAUGAAUUAUAUCCUAAGCCACUUAAAGAAAGAAUACAAAAAGAGAGACGAGAGAAGUUAUGGGAUCCUCUUCAUAGAGUCGCUUUAGCUGAAGCUAUUAGGAGGCUUGAUGCUUUUGAUAAUGCUCACUCACACCCAACAAAACAGGAAGAGAAGUUGGCACGAGAUGACUUAGCCGCUCAGGUAGACUUAUUAACCACAUCAGAUAAGAAGUUCAACGACCCUGGUCCAGUAUAUGACUGCGUCGUCUUCCAUGAUGGAGAAACUUGGCGGGCAGUGGUGGAUACUUCGGAGACGGGUGACUUGGCGUCGUGUGUGGUGCUCACUAGCUACAAAGAGUCACAACAAUAUGCUGCAUUUUCAUUAGCAGAUAUGCUGAAUUAUUCAAUAAACAUAUACGACGACGGUAACAUACUUAACAUAGUAACUAACGCUGGCUCGCACGGUACUCACGUAACCUGUAUAGCGGCCGCCAACUUCCCUGACGAGCCUGAGAAGAACGGCGUUGCUCCUGGUGCUCAGGUUCUGGUUAUAAAGAUCGGCGAUUCCAGGCUAGGCUCGAUGGAGACUGGAAGCUCACUAGUAAGAGCGAUGAUAGCUGUUAUAGAACACAAGGCGGAUCUGGUCAAUUUCAGCUACGGGGAGGCGGCUCACUGGCCGAAUAACGGGAGAGUUUGUAACGUUAUCACAGAGGCUGUAAAUAUACAUGGAAUAAUCUUCGUAGCGUCGGCUGGUAACAACGGACCGGCUUUAUCAACAGUGGGCUGUCCAGGGGGUACAACGUCCAGUGUCAUAGGUGUUGGAGCGUGUGUCUCACCAGAGAUGAUGGCUGCUGAAUAUUCAUUAAGAGAGCGGUUACCAAGCAUGGCCUAUACAUGGUCCUCUAGAGGUCCAAGUGUUGAUGGUGAUCUAGGCGUUAGUAUCACUGCCCCUGGGGGCGCUAUAACAUCAGUACCUAACUGGACGUUACGAGGUGCGCAACUGAUGAAUGGUACCUCUAUGUCGUCACCCAACGCCUGCGGGGGGAUCGCGUUAAUUUUAUCAGGUCUGAAGGCGGAGAAUAUUUGCUAUAGCCCAUACAGCAUCCGUAGAGCGUUGGAGAACACAGCGUGCAAUGUGGAGAGAAUCGAGGUCUUUGCCCAGGGAUACGGCCUGAUGCAGGUUGACAAGGCCUUUGAGCACCUUGUAAGGUACUCAGACUGUAAAACGCGUAAUAUCAGGUUCUGUGUGUUGACCGGAGGUAAACGAGGCAUCUACAUCAGGGAAAUGAACAAGUCUGAGAAACCAAGUGAAUUUAACGUCACGAUAGACCCUAAAUACGGGGAAGAUAUAUGUGCACAGGAGAAGAUAUCCUUCACGAUGCACACGAGUCUCGUAUGUGACGCACCGUGGGUCUCGGCUCCAUCACACCUAGCUCUAAUGAACACAUCACGCUCCGUUUCCAUACGAGUAGACCCAAGAGGUUUAAAUGAAGGAGUUCACUAUUCCGAGGUGCAAUGUUUUGAUACUGCCGAUCCCCACAAGGGCCCAUUGUUUAGGAUACCCAUUACCGUCAUCAAGUCACAGAAACCAAGCAAACAGUACGACGCAAGCUGGGGUGAGACAGAGUUCAAACCAGGUCAGAUCAGACGCAGCUUCAUUCAGGUCCCUGAGGGCGCUACAUGGGCAGAGUUGAACAUCACGUCGCUGGAUCCCGAAGCGACGUCCAAGUUCGUUCUUCACUGCAUCCAACUAGAAGACCACAUGGCCUAUCGGAGUAACGAGUUCUACAAAUUCUUCCAUCUGCAAGAGUUAGGAAAUAACACCUACCCGUUCUCCGUGAAAGGCGGAUUAGUACUAGAGCUUGUCGUUGCUAAGUGGUGGGCAAGCCUUGGCAACACAAAGAUCACCUACAGUAUAUCCUUCCACAGCCUGGAUAUGAAUCAGAAAAUGAUUCAAAUGCAUGCUGCCAAUGGUAUCUAUCGUCUCGACAUCAAAUCAAGUUUAAGAAUUGAAGAGGUGUCGCCAACGAUCACUAUCAAGAACUGUGUACAGCCUCUCCGACCGAAUGAUAGUAAGCUCAGUCCACUUGGAGCCAGGGAUGUUGUCCCCAACGGAAGACAGAUCUAUGAGAUAAUCCUCACUUAUAACUUCCACCAGAGUAAAACCUCGGAGAUUACUCCCAAUUGUCCGUUAUUGAGCGAUCUUCUGUACGAGUCGGAGUACGAGAGUCAACUGUGGCUACUGUUUGAUAACAACAAGCAGUAUAUGGGAGCAGGAGACGCUUAUCCUAAUGCGUACACAAUGAAAUUAGACAAAGGUGACUACACAAUCCGUCUUCAAGUCCGUCACGAGAACAGAGACCUUCUGGAGAAGCUUAAAGACAUGGUCAUGCUCAUCGAUCAGAAACUCUCGUCGAGUCUCAGCGUGGACUGCUUCCAGUCGGUGACUAGCGCCCUCAACGGCAAGAGCAAGUUCAACACUGCCACGGUACAGGCCGGGGGAUCCGUGGCCUUGUUCAUCCCACCAGUGCCGGACGACAAGCUGCCGAAGGGAGCCUCGCUGGGUCAGAUGUUGACUGGCACGAUCACACUGGCCAAGAAUGAACCCGGGAAGACGGGUCGGAGGAGAAAGGGUCAAUUGGCAGGCUGUGAGUGUGAUGGCAAACGAAACCUUGGGCCUAGAGCUGAUAGUUAUCCAUUCAUCUACGUACUUACCCAAACGCCCCACAAACCUCACGCAGCUAAAGCCGAGAAAACCAAAGAGAAGACUAAGGAGGAGGAGUUCGCUGAGGCGCUCAGGGAUUUCAAGAUUUCAUGGAUCACAAAGUUGGAGGGUGAUAACAUUUAUGAGGAGUUGAUGGAUAAUUAUCCUGAUCAUCUUCCUCUGCAUGUCACACAACUGACUGCUAAAGACGCUCAUAAGGACCGCACUAAGAUGCUAUCUGAGGUCAUUGAGUUAGCAGAUAAAGUGAUAUCACUGAUUGAUCAGACUGCAUUAGCAAGCUACUUUGCACUCAAGAAUGACACCAGAGCAGACGCCAUAUCAUUCAAAGUAGAGAAUGAUAGGUUCAAGUUAUACCUGGUUAAUGCCUUGGUUGUGAAGGGAUGUGCCCUGGCUGAUAAGAUCCUUGCAAUCAAAGCAGAAGGAGAAGUCACGUCAUCAGCGGAAGAAACCGACCUCCAAGAACAGAUGGAUCUCACCUUCAAGGAAGUCCAGAAAUGGGGGGACCCCGAGGAGAAAAAGGUGUUACCAUUCACCAUCAAGCAUGCACAAGUACAUGACCACUAUGGACGUCAACUACGCGGUCUUAACAAGAUGAACGACGACUCCAGGCCCAGCAAAGACACGGAUAGGAAAGCUAUUGAGGUGUAUAAGAAGCUGGGAUGGGAUCACCUGGUUCGUCACAUAGAGAACAGCAUACCAGUUAAAUAUCCUCAACAUUAUAUUCCCUUUUAGUCCAGACAUCCGUUAGUUAAAUGUCACAGGUUGGUGUAACUCUCAGAAUGACAACCGCAAGAGCAUCUCGGUGGCAGUGUGGAUGGCAACAGUGGCGUCACCUUGCAUAGCAUUCUUGGUUGGUGACAAUCUUAGUGACAAUCAAAGUGUCACCUUUGGUGACAGCCUUGAUGUGAUCUUGGUUUUAGUUACAAUCUGGAUGACAAUCUUGGCGACAAUCACAGUGUCACCUUGAAUGACAGUAUUGAUGCCACCUUGAAUGUUAGAAUCGGAAUGACAUUGUAGAUGACAGUUGUAUUGACAAUCCAUGUGACAAACUAGGUGACAGUCUAAACAGCCUUGCUGACAAUGUGGAUGACAUCUGGAUGACGAUCUUGGUGGCAGUAGUAAUGUCACCUAGGAGGGUUGCAAUCUGUAUGACACUAGAUGCCAGUCUUAGUGACAAUCCAUAUGACAAUCUUAAUGACGGUCUUUGUGACAAUUGUUGGUGUAUUUCUUGAUAAAAAGCCUAAUGACAAUCUAGGUAACCAGCAUCCAUGGGAAAAUAUACACAAUUUGAAGGAAAAAAAAAUGUUUCUGUCCUAGUUAGGCUCUGUAGAAACCCCUUAUUAAGAAAAUAAUUAAGAGAAAAAAAAUAAUAACUGCUGAUAAACCUUGCUUCCCGAUUUAAUGUGGGAAUAACAAGGUUUUGAGAAAACAGAAUAAGCUGUUUGCAAACUGCUUACCAACCAAAAAUGCCCUAUGGUAUAAAUGCCAAAAAAUAAUUAAUAGCCUAACAUUUCGACCCUAGCAAAGUUUUUCUUGAAGGGUUAAGAGAAAGCUGUGGCCUUCAGCUUUAGCCUUCGAGAAAGUUUGCUAUGGUCCAAGCAUCAGGCCAUUAACUAAUUUGUGCAAUAAUAAGGUUUUGUCUAAAACUAAUGAGCCUUUUUGAGAUAUGGCGGACACAAUGCUACAACACUUUUAGGUUUGGGUAAAUUUGUGGGUAUACACCCAAACCAAACGGUACACUCGUAUCACGUCCGCCUUACCUCAAAAAGGCUUAUUGGGUGGGUGUUGCAAAAGCAAGAGAAUCUGGAAUGGACACCAGAUGUUGUUUUCCUCAUUGCAUAAAAUGUUUUUGUUUGAUGUGGGAUGUUAUCACCCAUGUGGGGAUUCGAACCCCCAACUAUCCGAUUCCAUCUCUCAAAUAAGUCUAGUUCCCCGACUCCCCUUACCUUACGCAAUGUAAUAUUAGGCAUUUAGUAAUGCAUGAUUACUCAGGUCUCUACCUAGGUCUUAAGAGUACGCAGGAUUUUUUAUUUUAAGUAUUUUGUAUUUUUGAACAAUAUUUCACUUUCAAAAAAUCUGCCACUUCCUAAUUUUGAUAAGUAACAAUUCGCAAGCUAGGUACAUUAUAUGCUUUUUUUAAACAGUUUGCACAAAUUUGAAAUACAUGGUGUCGUUGGUUUUUC